CACGCCCCAACAGUCUCUACAUACAUACACAGGUCUGUCUGUAUGUUCACUUACCGUACCAUGCCCGUUUCGUCCUUGGAAAAGUCAUCAUGGAGAACAACGGCGGCACUACCGCGAUCUCACCAACGAUGGAGCUUCGGCCGGUAGUGGUCGAACAACACCAAAUGAACGAUGAUCCAUCGACGUCGACGGCGGUUGAAAGAACAGAACGAGUCGAUAACACACUGCCACCGCCAAUCCAGCCUCAGGAAUACCCUACAGGCUUUCACUUCAUCCUACUCACCAUUGGCUUGAUCUUGAGUAUUUUCCUAGCGGCACUCGAUCAAUCCAUCAUUUCAACUGCAAUACCACGAAUCACUGAUCACUUUGGCACGGUCAAGGAUGUGGGUUGGUAUGGAAGUGCUUACAGUAUCACGAAUGCUGCCUUCCAGUCGACUUGGGGAAAAGCGUAUAAACAUUUCCCGCUGAAGCCAACCUUUCUCCUGAUAAUCGGCGUUUUCGAGUUGGGCAAUGUCAUCAGCGCAUCGGCACGUUCUAGCUCGAUGUUGAUCGUGGGUAGGAUCAUCGCAGGUACAGGUGGCGGGGGUGUCAUGACCGGGUCCUUCAUCAUCAUCGCACUCAGUACGAAACCAGAGUAUCGUGCGGCUUACAUGGGUGUGCUGGGCGUCACUUUCGGUUGUGCGAGCGUCGUGGGGCCAUUGCUCGGUGGUGUCCUUACGGAUGGACUUGGUUGGACCUGGUGUUUUUGGAUCAGUCUGCCCAUCGGCUUUUUGGCGGCUGCAAUCAUGUCGGUCUUUCUGCAGGUUCCUGCCGUCGCAGCGCCCAUGAGAACAAAUCUAAAGGAAAAGAUUGUGUCUCUCGACCUGGCCGGGGCGUGUCUUAUUUGUGGGGCGAUGACCUGUUUUGUCGUCGCUACACAGCAAGCUGGUAUAUCGGUGUCGUGGUGCAGUUGGCAAGUCAUUACCAGCCUCACCGGUGCUGCUGUGCUAUUGACCACAUUCCUCGGGAACGAAUGGUACAUGGGAUCCCGGGCCAUGAUCCAGACGCACCUCCUCAAAAGACGUACGGUGUUGUUGAACUGCGUCUACGCCUUCUUUCUUGCGGGGCUGUGUUUCCCCCUCUCCUACGCCCUCCCGAUCCAGUUCCAGUCCGUCGGCAACGCCUCGGCCGCGCAGAGUGGCGUCCGACUGAUCCCUCUGAUGCUCGGCGUCUCCGUAUUCACCAUGGUGGCCAACGGCGUCCUCACCUUCUGGCGACGGUACACUCCGUUUCUUCUUGUCGGGGCCGUCGCGGGGACAUUGGGUAUCGGCCUGGUGCACACCCUCGACGCGGACGCCGGCAACGCGUUCUGGGUCGGUUACGAGAUCAUCAUCUCCCUGGGCGUCGGCUUGGCUCUGCAGGUGCCCAUGAUCGCCAACCAGGCCGCCGUGGGUUUCGAGGACAUGGCGGUCGUGACGUCGCUCACGCUGUUUUGCGAGAAUGUCGGGACCGCACUGUUCAUCGCGUCGACCGAGGCCGCAUUCACGAACGGCCUCGUCUCAGCUUUGGCGAGGAAUGCGCCCGCCGUGCGUCCCGAGAUUGUGGUCCAUGCCGGCGCCACGGAGAUCAGGCACGUCUUUGGUCAACAACAGCAGGUGCUUCCUGGCAUACUGUUGUCGUACUUGCAGGGGUGUAAGACGAGUCAUUUCGUGCCGAUUGCGUGCGGGAGUUCGGCGGUGUUGGUCUCCAUGAUCCAGGGGGUGCCGGGUGUGGUCAAGGAGUGGAAUGUGCGAACAUCGAGACCACAUGUGCCUUGAUCUUGGUUGUGGAAGAUACCCAAAGGGGGUGAUUCGUUUCAACAUGAUGGCUGCUCUGAUCAUUCAACAUCAGGGAGCUGGUUGGCCAACUUGCCAUAAGUGAGACAGUAUCUAAAGUCUGCAUGAACUCCUUUUGUGCGUUAG